AUGGAUCCUAGCGGGGAUCCUCUCGACUGGACGGUCGACGAGGUGGUGCAGUUCCUGUGCCAUAAUCCUGACGCGCCAUGGUCUCUGUCGUCGUCGCGUGUCGCGCGGCCAGAUCCUGUCACGUUCGAGGCCGCUCUUCGAGAAAACGUGAUUACGGGAGAGGUGCUCCUCCACGAUGUUGACAUACAAUCUCUGAAGGAGGACUUGGGUCUGAAAGCCCUCGGUCCCCGCAGUAGCAUGCAGAGUGCUGUCAGAUACUUGCAGCGGAAUUCUCCCAAAUUUCUCCAGUCCACUGCGCUAUCCGCAACUCCCUUCAAGACUCAAGCUCUCGAAUAUACUAGGUCUCCUAGCAUGUCCUCGUUCGCGAGCCCGGUGACUCUACCCCACACACUUGUGCCUCGUAAGGAGUUCCUUCAGAAGGACGUUCUCCAGACUCCCCGCAUUCCUCCCUCCUUUACCCCCAGUGCUUCUACUCCAGGAGAGAAGCCAGUACAACGGCAAGAUGCGCCGCACAACCUCAUCGCAGAGGCUAGACAUGCACCAGUCGAUAACGGCGAAAGAGAUGACGGGCGAAAUGACGACGAGUCUGGCCAAGGUGGUAGCGCAGAAGACGUUUCUCAUAAGCGUUCACGUCCUGGUGAGCACCUGGUCAUUGACACGAACGGAAAGAAACGACGCAGGCUGGAAUUAAGCAGUGCCAAUUCAAAGGCUGAACGUGCAGCUGACAAGCCUGUUAUUAAUUCUUCGAACAAGACUUGGUAUAUGGGGCCUGAUGCAACAACGCCUAUCGAUUUGUUCUAUCCUUCCAGUCCCGCAUCAGAGAAUGACGAAUUCUCUAUCGUUAGCACGCAAUGUCCACCAGCUAGGCGCAAGUUCGUCAACAAAUCCAUGUCCCACUUCUAUCGCCAAACCCCAGUGCGGUUGAGUCCCACGAAACAGGCCGUCAUUCCUUACAUUCCAGUCCGGGGAGCAAAAGAAAGCCAAAGAUUCUUCACUUUGUAUUCCUCCAAAGAUGGCCGUGUUGCAGUUACUAAGCAGAAUCUCAAGGACUGGCCACAGCUUGAGAAAUAUGGGAGCUCACGCACUGCCGGAGUGUCCAAAACCCCUGACCCAUUUGCAUGGCUCCUCGAAAAGUACCCUGCACAAGAAGAUGGCCAUGAUGCCUUCCCGUUGUAUGGUGACUCAGGGUCUGAAGGUGACUAUGAUGAGGAGACCUUGCGUGAAAUUGACGAGGAGUCCCAGACACUCGUGAACCAGAAGCGAGACAAGCUCACGGCUGAUGCAGUGGAGUCUAUCAUGGCAAAAUGCAUAUCGAACUAUGAGACUGAGUGGCAGCAGUUGCAUAAGCCUAAAGAGGAAGCUAAGGCAUGGGCAAAAUGGACGGCCGCUAUGAGAAGCAACAGCCGUAACCAGCAGAUCAAGGAUCUCACACGCUCACUCAAGAAACUCGAAGGUCGUUUGCAGAAGCUGAAAGAUGCAGUAAAGUCAGCCGACUACUCCUCGGAAACCGAGCUACAGACCCAAUGCCAGGCUCUGCAGCAGACGAUCUUCAGGAUGCAAAAGGACAGACAUCAUAUUUUUGUCAUAGGACUUGAGCGCUGCCCACCCAGAGUAGCCCCUCCUCCGAGGGCGUUGAAGUUCAGAAAUCGGCGUAAUAGCAGAAGCGAUGAUGCUGAAUCACUCGAUUCGGAUACGGAUGACUUCAUCGAUGAUUCUGAAGUUCUCCCACCACCUGCCCAACAAGUUUUCCAUGACGGCGGGACACUCCAGACUUCUUCAUCAUCGGAUGAAGAAGGGGACAUAAUCAGCGUAUCCGGGACUCGACGGAGAUUGCCAUCGAGAGGCUAUCCAUUCGUCGUUUCAAGUUCACCAGAUUCGGCGCCUGUUGCAACCACAACUGAGACACCGAAAGUCAUUGACCUGACCGCGGAUACACCACAAUCUGAUGACUACGACAUUGCGACCCCGCCUCUAAAUCCAGUGCAGGUCGAGGUGCCGCACGUAGACCCUACUCUAUACGAGAGCAUGUCUGCUGUUUCAGACUUCAGCCCUAGUAUCACCUCCCAAAGAGACGGUUCUCACAGGAGGAGAUCUGUCUCUCUGCCUGACAUGGAUGACUAUGAAGCGCUCAAAAAGCUAAAAUUCACCUACUUGGAGGAGCGUAAAGAUCCACGUCGACUGCUGGUGAAGCUGAUUGUUAACCUCCCGGCGAAGGACCGAACCCAAUUGGCCCAGCGGAUAUCAAACAGAUACGAUGAGGCGGAUCUUCGAGCGCUGACUAUGCGAUCUUUGGAGUUGAUGCUACGAGGCGAAACCAGGCUGCAUGAAUUGGAAUAUACCGAGAGCAUGAUCAUAAUGCGCGCCACGUCUUUCUACAUUUCCUGGGUGACCUGUUCUCACUUAUCCAACAAGGGAAUCCCUAAAAGCAAGGUCAAAAAGGCACUGAGAGAGAUCAAAGUCUUUGAAAGCUACGAGGAGUUUUAUCAUCAGUUGUCCUACCAUCUGGCAGCAUAUUGUGAUUGGGAACAAGGCGAUAAACUUGGGCCUACCCACGUCACGGACACUCCCCAUAGGACCAGGAAACGCGCUGUCAAAGUGAACGAAGCUGGUAAAAUGGCACGAGAUAACGCGCAACGCCGUGCACGAAUGCAGGAAAGAUCGGCAAAGUUGUACAUGGAAAGCUUGGGCGCAGCCAGUGCAGACUAUAAAAAUCAGGUCGUGAGCUUUGGAAAUCCACCAAUUCAUCUGCAUGAGGCCAUCGCACGCCGAGUGAAACCCCAUCAGCUGAAAGGGAUCCAAUUUAUGUGGCGAGAACUAAUAGCCGAUGAGACUCAUCAGGGUUGCUUGCUAGCCCACACAAUGGGUUUAGGCAAGACAAUGCAGGUCAUAUCGCUUCUCGUGACCAUAUCGGCCGCUUCUAACUCCGACAACCUUCAGAUCACAGAGCAGGUACCGGAGAGAUUCCGUAGUGCCCAGACAUUGGUGCUUUGCCCCUCAUCGUUGACCGAGAACUGGCUGGACGAGCUCUACCUAUGGACCCCUCCUGAUGAAUGUGUCAAGAUCGGACCGUUUCACAGAGUCACAAGCGGAGGGCCACUCGAUGAAAGGCUGGAUACAAUCCGCGAAUGGUAUGAACAUGGCGGAAUCCUGAUAUUGAGUUACGACAUGUUCCGAACUUGGAUCCUAAACAAGGAAACUUCGAAAAGAUCGAGGCCAUUGCCGGAUGCAGACCAUGAAAAUGUCAAGAAAUGGCUUCUGGAAGGCCCUAAUAUCGUCAUUGCCGACGAAGCGCACAAAAUGAAAAAUUCGACUUCCGGAGUCUCUUUAGCCGCAAUGCAAUUCAAGACAAAAAGUCGAGUCGCCUUGACCGGUUCUCCACUCGCAAACAAUCUCACGGAUUACUACGCUAUGGUCAAUUGGAUUGCAGAGGGCUAUCUGGGAGACCCGCGUGAAUUUCAGGCACACUAUGUGGAACCCAUCGGGGAGGGUCUUUAUGUUGACAGCACGCGCUGGGAGCAGCGCAGGUCUCUUGUGAAGCUCAACGUGCUCAAAGAUAUCCUCGAGCCCAAAAUCAACCGCGCUGAUAUCACUGUUCUUGCCGGGAGCUUGCCUCCGAAGGUUGAGUUUGUCAUCACUGUUCCUCUCACGGAUGUACAACAAGCUGCAUAUAAUUCGUAUGUGAGGUCGAUCUUGGGGGGCAGACGCGACGUCAAUCGGAUGGAGAUACUAUCCUGGCUUGCGAUUCUCGGACUCUGCUGCAACCAUCCAGCAUGCUUCAGGAGCAAGCUGCUGAGCAGGUUCAACGACGCUCAGAAACUCGACAAAAACAUGGAAGGUAUCGAGCAAGCUCCUGGUGACGAGCCUAUUUCGCAACUUGGUCUUGAUCUAAAGGAGUUACAGACCGAACAGGAACAGAUCUACUCUGCCGUGCCCAACAUUAAAGCCCUCGAGCUGUCCCAUCGAGCCCGGAUUCUGCACCAGAUCAUCACUGAAUCUAUACGAGUCGGCGACAAGGUGUUGGUGUUCUCACAUAGUCUGCCCACACUUGAUUAUCUCGAAGUCAUAUUAAAGUCGUCGGGCUGGGAGUACAGUCGUCUGGACGGGCACACGCCGGUUGCUCAGCGACAAGGCGCAGUCAAGAGGUUCAACGGAAGGUCUCCCGAACUCAUAUAUCUGAUUUCGACCCGCGCGGGAGGGCUUGGUCUCAACAUUCCUGGCGCCAAUCGUGUGAUAAUUUUUGAUUUCACCUUCAACCCCAUUUGGGAAGAGCAGGCUGUUGGACGAGCUUAUCGAUUGGGCCAGAGAAAGCCGGUGUUUGUGUACAGAUUCCUCUCAGGUGGCACAUUCGAAGAGGUCAUGUACAACAAGGCUGUCUUCAAAACGCAACUUGCAUUCCGCGUUGUAGACAAGAAGAACCCGGUCCGCUGGGCCUCAAAGAAGCUUAGCGAAUACCUUUUCCCGGUCAAGGAUGUGCCACAAACCGACGUCUCUGAGUAUUUAGGAAAGGAUCCUGAGGUGCUGGAUAAGAUCCUCGAGAAUGACUCUCGCUCUAGCGAACGGGUCAUUCGGAAGAUCGGCCUUACUGAAACCUUUCAGAAGGAAGAUAAUGACAAGUUGACCGAAGAAGAAAAGCAGCAAGCUCAACAGGAACUCAGCGAUGAGCGCCUCAAACGCGUGGAUCUAGCCGCUUGGCAAGAACGGAUGAAGGAGAGGGAGAGGCUUGCUUGGCAAGGCUCACUUUCUCAACUCCCAGUCAAACCUCCUUCGCCCAUGUCUUGGACUCCCUAUGCCCAUCAAUCCACGUAUUCGCAGCGUCCACCAGCUCAGCCUCAGUCUUGGUCGCCUCAGCCAACUGUUCCCCUUAGUGCUCACAAUUCCGGUCCUCCUGCUCUCGCUCCUGAUCUGAGCCAUUUCCAGUUACCAGGCCCUAUGUACAACCAUAUGCACCCACAAUCGCCUUGGUUAACUCAGCCUUACUCGCAGUCAGCAUUGCCAUUCUCAGGUUCGAUGGAUGGAGAUUACACAGUGCAUAAUGACGCUGCAGAUACGAACUCCUUUGCUGCUGUGCCAGUACAAGCAACCACAAUGGAGCACAAUGGCGGAAACUCCCAGUCACCCCUCGACACUUCCACCAAUCUCUCUGUGCCAGUGACUGUGGAGGGGAGUCACGACCAACACGUUCUCCCCUCACCAAGCACUUCCCACGCUGUUCCAGUGCAAGCAAUAACGAUGGAAAGGUGAGGGGGAUUACAUCCCACCAUCUCCCCAACGUAUCUUCAAAACGCCAAGAUCGGAUACGCAGCAGGCCAGCAAUGCCAACACUUCCCUAGGCGACAGCAACUUCAUUGUCGAACUGCCGCAGCGCGAUGCCUCAGUUGUCCAGAAUGAUUCUACUCCACAGCUGCGCCCGACGAGAGGUCUAGCUACAGGACCCGUAAAGUAUACCACGGACAAUCCAAGUUCGAAGGAAGCAUGCCUCAUCGUCUCCUCUCGGUUGCCUGAAAUUAUUCUCCUCUGUGUCAAGACCCCUCUACUUCCGCAUCAUGCUCUUCCGAUAU